AUGGACACCGUUCUUCGGCAAUCCAAGACCAUGUGUCCCUUCUUGAAGAAGACGUCUCCAGCGACUCUCCGCUCCCUCUCUGCCACCAGCGGCCCAACUCGCAGCUACCAUGCGUCCCCAGGUGGCGGCUCCAUGUCCAACCUGCAGACCAUUGCUCGCCGCUGCCCUGUCAUGGGAUCAGCUAUGGCCGUCCAGAGCGCGAAGACCGGCGGUAACGUCGCUUUUGGCGCCAUUGCAGCCCUCAAGGGCAUCCGCGGCUUCUCCGGAAAGGCCAGCACUGGCAAGGCCAAACUUCAUACGAGCAGCGCUCAUGAAGCCAGGCCAAUGGAGGGCAUCCUGAUGGGUGAAAAGCUCCCCCAGAUCAAGCCAGCCAAGCCAUUCAAGGAGGCUGCCACCGUACCAGAGAAUCUGGUGAAGAAGGAUGGCAAGUUCGACUACGAUGCCUUCUACACGAACGAACUCGAGAAGAAGCACAAGGACAAAUCUUACCGCCAUUUCAACAACAUCAACCGACUAGCCAAGGAGUUCCCGCGUGCGCACACCGCAAACCCAGAGGAGCGCGUCACGGUCUGGUGCUCCAACGAUUACCUAGGCAUGGGCAGAAAUUCGAAUGUUCUUAAGGCAAUGCACGAGACCCUUGACGUAUACGGUGCCGGUGCCGGCGGAACACGGAAUAUCUCAGGUCAUAACCAGCAUGCCGUGGCGCUCGAGAAGACCUUGGCGACGUUGCAUGCGAAGGAGGCAGCGCUGGCAUUCACUUCGUGCUAUGUUGCCAACGACGCAACCAUGGCCACGUUGGGCAGUCGCCUGCCAGGCUGUGUCUGGCUCUCCGACAGCUUGAACCACAACUCCAUGAUCGUGGGUAUCCAGCACUCUGGCGCGAAGAAGAUGGUGUUCAAGCACAAUGAUCUCGCGGACCUUGAGGCUAAGCUUGCAUCCCUCCCACUCUCUACCCCCAAGAUCAUCGCUUUCGAGUCUGUCUACAGCAUGUGCGGCUCCGUCGCUCCGAUCGCGGAGAUCUGCGACUUGGCCGACAAGUACGGCGCCAUCACCUUCCUCGAUGAGGUCCACGCAGUGGGUAUGUACGGACCACACGGUGCUGGCGUGGCAGAGCACCUCGAUUAUGAGGCUCACGUGAACGGUCGCCCCAGCGGCACCAUCAUGGACCGUAUCGACAUCAUCACCGGCACCCUCGGCAAGGCCUACGGCUGCGUAGGUGGUUACAUCGCCGGUUCAGCCUCCAUGGUCGACGCCGUGCGCUCCCUCGCCGCCGGUUUCAUCUUCACCACCACCCUCCCCCCGGCCACGAUGGCAGGCGCACGCGCUGCCAUUGAGUACCAGAUGUCCACCCAAAGCGACCGUCGCCUCCAGCAGCUGCACACUCGCGCCGUGAAGGACGAGCUCGCGGCUCGCAGCAUCCCUGUCAUGGACAACCCAUCCCACAUCAUCCCCGUGCUCGUCGGUACCGCCGAGCUAGCGAAGGCCGCAAGCGACUUGUUGCUCGAGAAGCACGGAAUCUACGUGCAGAGCAUUAACUACCCCACCGUCCCUGUUGGACAGGAGAGACUCCGCAUUACGCCCACCCCAGGUCACACGAAGGAGUACCGUGAGCACCUUGUCGGCGCGCUCGAGAGCGUGUGGACCGAGCUCGGCAUUAAGCGCACCAGUGACUGGGCUGCCGAAGGCGGCUUCCUGGGCGUCGGAGCCGAUGAGGCACCCGUCGAGCCGCUUUGGUCCGAUAAGCAGCUAGGAGUUGAGGCUGCCAAGGGGACCAACGGGAAAGUGGGGGUCAUCCAGGCUCUGCUUGAACGCGAGGAGGCCCAGGCACAGACCGCUUUUUGCGCUGAACUCGAUGCCACCUCCCUACGGCACCAGUACCCAAGCGCGCCCCUUUCCGGCCUCGCCAAGUCUGCCGAUCGCCAACUCAGCACCUCCGAAAACCAACGUCAACCGAACACCUUCAAAACCACCACCACGACACCACCCACGCCGCAACCCCCUCCAAACGCACUCCUCUCGCUAUUCCCCCACCCGCCUCCUCACAAACCACCCCUCGCAACGGCAUCACUGGCCCCUUCCCACCCCGGCCCCCCACCCCGCGCGCCCGCCGGACCAUCCUCGAGUCCGCCGCCCAUCCCAGCCGUGGACGAACCGGCGCCUCCUCCCGCCUCGUGGCCCAUCUCCCACUCCUCCUCCUCCCCGACCUCCCCCUCCAAUCCAAUAACAACCGCAAACCCACGCCUCCCCGCGCCCUCCUCCCAGCCGCCCUACCCGACUCCCCCCGCCGCCGCGCGCCGUCGCUGGUCCCUCCGCAACGCAUUCGCGCCUGCGCCCCUGCCGCAGCUACCGGAUCCGCGCACGCAGCGGCUGAGGCUCGAAGCGCAGCGGGCUACGCGGCUGUGGAAUCCGAGUAAUAGCACGCCGCGCACGCGUCGGCCGACGACUACGACUACAGCGGUGCAAAGAGGAGCGCGCGCGAGAGCGGCGUCAGGAGGGAGUGUUGCGCAGCCAGCGAUUCCGCUGCGGCAUCCACAGCUGACGAAGGGAGAGAUUGAAGGAGAGAUUCAGGGGGCGGGGGAUAUUGAGUUUAUUGGCGGCAAGGACAAGGGUGGUGCUGGGGAUUAUCCGCUGCUGAGUUUGAGGGAGCAGAGGUUUAGUCGGAAUUCGAGCGGGCGUGCGAGUUUGCAGGUUGAGUAUAGCGCGGCUAGCUCAGGGACGCAGAGUAACCGCGUUAGUCUGCCGAGGAGCGUGACGUCGAUUGAUAUCCGGCGGAGUUUUAGCCUUGUGGCUGAAGAUUUUACGGCAGGUGCUACUGUAGAGCACUACGACGAUAAGGGAAAGGGAAAAGAUAUCGAAGGAAACAGUCGAGCAUCUACUGAGCGGCGAUUAACGGGCUACCGCAAACGAGGACAGUCAAUUGCUUCGUUGCAUCCACCCGUCGAGCUAUCACCGACGUUUAAACAGGACAUCGGACCACCUCUCACACACACCACAAGAAACUACACAACAAUGGCCGACCUCGAAAGCGGACCACCUCUCACCCAAUCCCAAAACCCCUACCACGACCACGACACCACCGACAACCUCGCGUCCUUAACUUCAACACACACCUCCAUCCACGGCUCCGACCGCCCCAUCACCCCCGGCGCCGACGACGCCUGGGGUCCCGCGCACCCAUGCUUCCCGCAUCUAAACCCCUACGUCCCCGCCGACUCCGUCGCCUACGCAAACACGCGCAUCAUCCGCAUCCCACGGGACUGGAUGAUCGCCGGCGACCUGGCACCGACAUUCAGCGCCACCUACCCCGAGCUACUCGGCGAAGCUGGGCUGGGGGAAGCGGAGUUCCGUCGCUGCGUGGAGUCGAUCAAUGCGCGGCUCAUUGAGGCGUUCAAUCCGUUUGGUGUGAGGAAUCUGGUGGAUGCGGUGAUGGGGCUUUGUACGGGGUGGUUUUGGGAUGAUGCGGGGUUGACCUAUACGAAGAGGUGUUUGGCGGCGGUGGAAAAGGCGAUUGAGGGGUUUAAUAGGGAGUUGGACAUGGGGAGCUCGCAAGCGAGGUUUAUUUCCCUGAAGAAGAGCGCGUAUAUGAGCCUUGAUGUCCAGAUCCCGACACCUCAGAUCGGGUUCAUCGAGUCAGAGAUGGGCGAGGAUGACGAUGGAGUCUCAGAUGCAGGUACGGAGCGACCAAUUGGUGAGAGAGCAGAGACCCGAGAAGGCGAGGUGCUGUAGUAGUUGCCUGGUGGAAGAGAAACCAAAAGUGGCAGCUGUGGACAGUUUACUGGAUAUACCCCCCAUUUCCUUUAACACAACUCCGGAUGGGCAUUCGCAUAUUCGGAAUUCUCCUUAUUCUUUUUUGUUUGUUGUUUCCCUGCCAGCGCGGCGUCUGGGUUUCGGGGAUAUUACUCUACCAGGAGGCCGCGUUUUGAGACUGUGGCUUUCUGUGGGAUUGGAUGGGGAUGGAUUGGUUAUGUGGGUUUAGAGAAGCGGUUUUUUUUUCGCUUUGUAAUGAGUAGUAAUUAAUAUUUCGGUUUUACGAUUGGGACUGUCCGUUUGCGUGCGUAUAUGUUGCCGUUGUAAGUUCAACAUGCCCUCCUCUACUGUCUAAUGCACAAGCGUCAUACAGAAACA